CUUCCCAUCACACCGCUCAACACUGUAUAUAGCCACUCACUGGGUGUUCCUUUCAAGUUCGUCAUUAAUAUGUAACGUCCGUCUUCAGUAGAACCAUCCCCCAUUCCCUGCGUGUAUCGUGAUCUCGCGGAUGCGGAUAGCCACUUGAAGAAGCAGGGUCGGUCACCUCCUGUCAGCGUAACCGAAGGAAAAAAUCAUUUACAAUUUACGGAAUAUCUGGAAUCCUCCGCCCGAUUUCCACUGGUGAGCGGCUUCAGGAACAAGGUUCUACAGGAACAGCACUUACCUGGGGGGUUUAUGGAAGCCUGUUUUUCCAGGAAGAGAAGUGCAUGAAGAUCACUGCUCUGCUGCAGACGUGUACAGCUCCGGGCCUGCUCUAUCACAGCUAGGAAAAUGUCUGGCUCCUACGACGAAUCCGCCAGCUUCGAAGAGGCCACAGACAGCUUCUGGGAGGUGGGGAACUACAAGCGCGCGGUCAAGCGGAUCGACGAUGGGCACCGGCUCUGCAAUGACCUCAUGAGCUGCAUCCAGGAGCGUGCCAAAAUCGAGAAAGCCUACAGCCAGCAACUGACUGACUGGUCCAAGCGGUGGAAACAGCUGGUGGAGAAAGGUCCUCAGUAUGGCACGGUGGAGCGCGCCUGGCUGGCGGUCAUGACCGAGGCGGACAAGGUGAGCGAGCUGCACCAGGAGGUGAAGAACGGCCUGCUGAACGAGGACCUGGAGAAGGUGAAGAACUGGCAGAAGGACUCCUACCACAAGCAGAUGAUGGGCGGCUUCAAGGAGACCAAGGAGGCCGAGGAGGGCUUCAAGAAGGCCCAGAAGCCCUGGGCCAAGAAGGCCAAGGAGCUGGAGACCGCCAAGAAGGCGUACCACUUAGCGUGCAAAGAGGAGAAGCUGGCGUCCACCCGGGAGGCCAAUAGCAAGGCUGAGGCCUCCGUCACGCCCGACCAGCAGAAGAAGCUCCACGAGAAAGUGGACAAGUGCAAACAGGACGUGCAGAAGGCCAAGGAGAAGUACGAGAAGGCCCUGGACGAGCUGAGCAAGUGCACGCCGCAGUACACGGAGCACAUGGAGCAGGUGUUCGACCAGUGCCAGCAGCUGGAGGAGAAGAGACUAAGCUUCCUCAGGGAGGUGCUGCUGGACAUCAAACGGCACCUCAACCUCACCGAGAACCAAAGCUACGCCUCAGUGUACCGGGAACUGGAGCGCACCAUCAACGCUGCCAGCACUCAAGAGGACCUCAAGUGGUUCAGCAACAACCACGGUCCUGGCAUGCACAUGAACUGGCCCCAGUUCGAGGAGUACAACCCGGAUGUCGCCCACCCCGUCGCCAAGAGGGAGAAGGUGAAGAAGCCCAAUGAGGGGGUCACUGCGGUGGGGGACCACGUGUUGGCCCAGGCGGGCGACAGGGGCAGUGUGAGCAGUUAUGAUAAGAACCAGGCGUACACCACGGAGUGGUCUGACGACGAGCAGCCGGCCUCCCAGUCGGGCAACGAGACCAACGGUGGCGCCAACCCUUUCGAGGAGGAGUCAGGCUCCAGCGGGAAGGGCGUGGGCGCGGGUGUGGGCGCGGGCGCGGGAGCGGUCGCAAACACGGGCGUGCGCGUGCGGGCGCUGUACGACUACGACGGGCAGGAGCAGGACGAGCUCAGCUUCAAAGCCGGGGACGAACUGAUGAAGCUGGAGGACGAGGACGAGCAGGGCUGGUGCAAAGGUCGCCUGGACAGCGGCCGGAUGGGCUUGUACCCGGCGAAUUACGUGGAGCCUAUCUAAAUGGGGCGGGGCGGGGCGGGGCGGAGGAGGACGACCCCCACGGAGGAAUCUCAGACUGGACUGUCCAACCAUACUGCACAUAGAGACCUAAGAGCUACACCACCCCCGACCCCCCACCCCCCCAUUGCCAGACAUAACGGGCUGGGCAGAGUCCACGUAAACACAAUUUUAGCAUUUACAGAAAAAGACAGUAUACACACAGAUCACAUGCGUCCUGCCAGGCAUGUGGAAGGUCUUCAAAAAACUAUACAGAACAUACAGUAACAGUAGGCUACACGCAUAUAUUAUCUGUCAAUAUACCACCAUUCAGGCAAGUGCAGGGAUACGUUUUGCAUUUUUGUGUACCCGUGUUCAAUAUGAAUUUUGUGCAAACGAUAUGACAUUUGUGUAGCGGUAUGUUCUCCUAUAACAAUAUGAGUAUUAUGUAGUCAAUGGCGCCCGCAUAGCCAUAACGAGCUAUGCAGUGUGCGGUGUGUAUAUUUGAUGACAUUUUUUGUGCAGCGGUCUCGAUGCUAUGCGUGUACAGUCCUCAUUCCUGCAUCGGUACUUCGGUGUAGCUAAAGCUACACGAUGUUUUUAUUUUAUUUUAUUUUUUUUCUCCCUUCUCCCCUGUGGGUUUGGUUCGGUUUGGUUCCUGUCGGCAGUGCGUGCUCAGCUGUGUACGGUUGUUUUCUCCCUCCGUGUCCGAGUCUGUUUCCGUAGCAGCAUGUGCUACGCGGCGUGCGCCCCCUGCGAUUGGAUGACAUCGGUGUUGGCUCCACCCAUCCCCACUCCUCCAUCCCUUAAGCGGAGUCUGAACUGAGGCCGGGAAUGUGGUGAUGAGACAACGGCUCGAACGUUCUCCUUGGAAACGAUGGCUUUUUUUUUUUUGAUCUGCGAAACCUCUUUUUUUCUUAACAUCUCCUCAUGUCUUUCAGUGACUCGUUCGUUUUAUACCGAUCUCUCCUGGACUUUAUUUUUUCAAUGAUGUUUUUAUCAUAAAGCACACGUGCAUGGAAGAGGAGAAAAAAUGUUACAUGCUACCCCAUCCUCUCUCUCUUUCUCUCUCUUUUUCAUCAUCCAUCUUAUGUUUACAGAAAUCACUUCCUGUUUCGAGUUGUUUGAGAGCUGUUG